GAUUGUGCAGAUCCAGCCCAUGUUCUGCGUGGGAAGCUACAGUCCUGCUCAGCUCCUCCGGCUGCUGUCUCUACUUUCUCUGCGACUUAGGAGCGGGGCGAGCGCGCCGAGGUGGGGAGGAUGCAGCACCUGCUGUGGCCUUGGGGCUCCAGGGGGCUCUGGCUGCUCCUCUGCUUCCUGCUGCUGAACAGCCGCCCAGGGGGCUGCGGCGACAGCAGUGGCCACGAUGGUCAGGGCCAAGUGGGAGCAGAGCAGCUCUGGACCCUCCAAGGAUUUGCUACUCCAGUCUUCCAGCACAUGCAAGUUGUACUCCAGCAGAUUGUGCCCCAAGGUUUGUUCUGGAAGGAUGGCAUUACCCAGGAUGUGAUGGCCCAGAAGCACAUUAGCAGAUUCCACCCCCAAGAUCCAUGUCUGAGGCAUGGGCAGGCAGCCUUUCCCACCAAAACCACUGGGAUAAGGGGCAAGCAAAAGGAGAAACUUCGACUCCUAUUUCCCAAGAGCCCAGUGGCCAAAGUGAACAGUGAGCAGUGCUUUACUUCCAAAGUGUAUCUGAAGACCCUUAAAAGAGAGGCAGCCAACCCUGUCAAGGGCUUCUUUGAGCCACCCCCCACUGUGGGCCACAACCUUGUUGCUGACUGAGACCUCAUCUGAAGCCCCUCUGCCCCAGUGCCCUCCCAUUUGCCUCCAGAGGGGCAGUCCUAGGAUGUCCCUAAUCUGGAUCAUUAAAGUGGACUUUCAUGCACAUGCUUUCUGUGAUUU